AUGGAGUCAAUCAGACCCAGUCCAGCUCCAAACAGGAGCAAGCUGGCCAGGACAUUUCAGAAGGUGAUUCAUCUCAGGGCAUCUUCAAAGCCCUUCUCCUCAAACAAUGGCUUUUGCCUCCUCAUUCCCCAGGAGAAGCUCAAGUGCUGCGAAUCCCACCACUUUGACAAGGAAGAGAUUCAGGAGUGCAAAGAGAAUUCAAGAAACAGGGCUGUUCUUGAGGCCUUUGUUGCAAAGCUCUUUGCCACCAUUUCUUCUCUGAAAGCUGCAUAUGCUGAGCUCCAGAUGGCUCAGUUCCCUUACAACAGUGAUGCCAUUCAGGCUGCAGAUCAAUCUGUGGUUGAUGAGCUCAAGGCCCUCUCUGAGCUCAAACACAGUUAUCUCAAGAAACAGGUUGAUUCCUCGCCGCCCCAUGUUACUCUCAUGCUGGCCGAGAUUCAAGAACAGCAGUCUCUUAUGAAGACAUAUGAGAUCACUAUGAAGAAAAUGCAAGGAGAGAUUGAAGGGAAAGAGUCCCUCAUUUCUUCCCUGCAAAAGGAGCUUCAAGAAAUCUCCAUUGACAACAAAUCCCUCGAGAGAAAGCUCAACGCCAGUGGAUCUUUCACCGUUCUUGACAACGUCAGAUUCUCCGAUGUAAACCCCAAAGACUUCAUCACGGUUCUUCACUACGCGAUGAGGUCGGUGAGGCAUUUCGUCAAACACCUUAUCCGCGACAUGGAGGGUGCGAACUGGGACAUCGACGCAGCUGCGGCCGCUAUUCAAAAUGGAGUUUCGUUUGAGAAGAAACACCACAAAGCUUUCGCCUUCGAAUCGUUCAUUUGCAGGGAGAUAUUCAACGGCUUCAACGAUCCGUGCUUCUCUAUACAGACCGAUCAUUGUUGUUUGUCCCCGGAGAAGCAGAGAGCGUUCUUCUUUGAUCAGUUCAAGAAGCUGAAAUCCGCGAGCUUGAUCCAUUUUCUAAAGCAGAACCCUAGCUCUCUGUUCGCGAAAUUCUUGAAAGCCAAGUACCUGCACCUGGUUCACCCCAAGAUGGAGUUCUCCUUCUCCGGGAACCUCACCCAACGGAAACUGGUGAAUUCCGGCGAGUUCCCGGAAACCGAAUUCUUCAAGGCGUUUGCGGAGAUGGGGAGGAGGGUUUGGCUCCUGCAUUGCCUCGCCUUCUCUUUCGAUCAACAAGUCACCACUUUCCAGGCGAGGAAGGGCGCCAGAUUCUCGGAUGUUUACAUGGAGAGCGUCACCGAUGACGUUUUCGCCGGCGCCGGCGAGUUUCAGGUGGCGUUCACGGUGGUUCCUGGCUUUAAAGUAGGCAAAAUAGUGGUGCAAAGCCAGGUAUAUCUCUCCCCAGUCUCUUCUCCGGCUAAAUCCUAG